CUUGUCAAGGAUAUCAUAACAUGAUACAGCGACGCGGUUUGCUCGACAAACGUUUUCAAUCAAACUUCACGGCCAAGACCAGCUAUCCUACAAAAGCAGUCAACUUGGAGACACACAUCAACGUGGGAGAAGUGCAUAAGCUGCGCAGCCUCUCUAGACUCUUCGUUCCCUGUUCUACACCACACAUACAACAACAAACAUGAGCAAUGAGUUAAGUCCAUGAGAGUGCUGACUGCUGACUGCUGAGUGCGGGAAAAAGGAACAAGGACGAGCUGCAUGUAGAACGUGAGAGGAUGGGACGACGAGUGUGGUUUAGUAAAAUUGCUUCGCGAUUAGUUGAUCAUAAAGUCUAGACCUAAAAACUUUAAAAGUUUCGUAAGUGGCGUAGACAGUAGACAGGUGCUACGGACUUGAUUACGGUGUAGAGUAUAGAAGUUGUGAAGUUGUGCACCCUUACCAGGUUGAUGCGUAACUCCAGGUAGAUUGGUGUGGCUGGGUCGUGGUUGUGGUUUGUGUCUGAAGAACUGGGCAGGUGUGUUGGCCCACUACUGUUUUCUACUGUGUGGCGUCAGUGGUCACGGGGAAGAUGGAAAGGGCCAAGCAGGACUCCUCUCGGAGAUAUUUCUUUGUCUCAGUAUCUUAUCUUUGUCAUCAUCAGGGAGUCCAGCACCUGCGAGAACUGGAAAGGCAUGUAAGGGGGCACUUACGUUAAUUGCAAUCUGCUGGAGAGACAUUCGUGAAGUGUAGUUGCGAGGACAGGAAAAGAAGUAGUGUAUAGUCUCCUCUGUGUCAGUACACCACGGACAGAAAGGUGUUUGGGAAGUAAGUGGACAUAAUGCACUAUAGCCUGAAUGUACCAGACUAAAUGCACUGCCAGCAUAAUGUGAAUGCACAAACUUUGUAGUCCAAGUGCACCAAUUGCCUGGUGUGAAUGAACCAGCCUGUUCUGAAUCAAGGAAGCUUAAGGCAAAUCUUAAGCUUCCUUGGUCUGAAUGGAUUAACUUUAUAGUUCUAAUGCACAAAUUUCUAGAAAAUGGAAGUCUCGUGCACCACAGAGUUAGUCAAAGACAAGAUGCCUGUGGAGUAGAGGGGCAUGUGGAGCUUAGUAACGCCAGAAAGGAUUGGGAGUCUAAGUAUUACUAUAAGUCAGGGCUGAGCCAUUUCCUGAAAGGUGCACUUGCCAGGUUUGCCAUGAGUCUGGAGGGUGAGGUGACAACUCUAGACCUAUGGAUCUCUUGAAUUUGGAAGACAGCAAAAAAUUCAUCAUCUCCCUCACUUGGCAGGGGAACCUUAGCCUGACCCUGGAACCUUUGCACUGCGUGUGGCCAGAACCACCUGCCUCGGGGAAGUUGUCAUACAUCCUCUUCUGUCCUACUGAGGACUUUUCCAUGGGUGAUGGGUAAGAAGAUGAGUAUGUGCCUCCAGAGUCAAGGCACAUCAUGUUACACUGGCAGAAUGAUGAGAUGUGGAAUAUAUUGCCAUAGGCAGGUCAAAGCUGGCUGUAUUGUCUUUCCUGGCCAGACCAAUCAGCACUCUUUCCUAAAUCCCACUCCUCAACUAACCACCAUCUGAGAGUGAGCAGCAUUAUACCAAGGCAGCUCAGUGACCAAAAGGGCAAGCCUUGUAGGAUGGAGACAAGGAAUGGAGGGGUAAGCAUGGAGGUGUUACCUCUAUGACAGUGUGAGCCUGUUUCCACUUGAUGUUAACUCCACCCUGUCCAGCCAGUCCAGGUGCAGCAGCUGAAGUGUGAAGAGAAUGGACGUUAGAAAUAGGGUGAAGUGGGAUUAUUCUAUUGUGAGGUCGGUAUUAACAGGUGCUCACUAGAACCUUUAUGGAUGUUGAAGAACACUAUCUAUCCUUCUUGAAAUUAUAUUAUAUUAGCAUUUGGCUUGGGGUAAUUGUUCUUAAGAUUUACUCAUUAGGGGAAAGUAUAAAAUAGGAUUAUGUUAUGCAGAACUUGGUGGACUUUAUGGGCAUUAAAAUUAACUUUUUCUUAUUUUUAGGACAAAUUUACAGAAUUAUGUCCAUCUUACACUGGCAGAUGAAACAAUUUUCUAGAAUCUAGAUAGUGAAAUUGGUAUAUCAGAAAACUCCAUUCUAUAUCUGUACUUAUUUGAUUCUGCAGAUAUCAUCAAUAUGGUUAUUCUGUUACACUAGCUAUUUGUAGUUCUUUAAAGUAAGGAAUAGCUAAAAUAGAAUGGAAAUUUUAAGAAGAUCCGGGGGGUCGGAUUUGGUUAACUUUUAAAAUACCCAACUAGAACUACUUGGUUACAACUUACAAGGUUGUAAUGUGGCAGUUGUCGGAUAGCAUGUGUGGCAAUUGCAGCAUACUAUAUCGAGUUUUCAAGUUUUCACAAAAUACAUUCUUUUAAUUUCAAGACAACUACUUUGUUGUGUUAGGUUUUGGUGUUUUGAAAUAACAUAAUAACUUUCUUGAUAAAAAUAACUUUUUAUUGAAAUAAUAGUCACAGUGGUCAGUGGUGGCACUUCCAUGACAGAUAGUUUCCCUUAACUGCUUCAUAGUGGUGGUGGGCAGGAAUUGGUAGCAUAAGUAUUCACAGAAUCAGUUCCUUGGGCUGGUGGAGCUAUUGGAACUGACUCCAUGGGGAAUCGAUAGAUUGUGAGUGGUGAGUAUCAGAUAUUUGGAGUUGUCAGCACACUGUUUGGCUGUGUGUAGGUACUCCAGGAAAGGUUGGGUCCAAGUACAGGCGACUGUAUUUAAGUCCAAGUACCUGGAUAUUUAUCAAGUACAAGUACAGGUAUGGUCACUGCUAUGUACUUAAGUCCUGGUCCAAGUACAUGUCAUUGUACCUAAGUACAAGUACUUUGUGAUAAAAAAAUCCAUGUCACAGAUUUAUAAAGCAUGAAAGCUAAUAGUUUUUGUAUAUACACUCUAAUGAGUACACUGUUAAAAAGUGGGAUUCGAUAUAGAAAAGUAAAUGGAAAUUCUACCUUUAUUUUAGCACAUUACUGCUUUUUAUCACAGAAUUGCUAAAUGAGAACAUAUGCCUUAUGAAUAACUUGAAUGUGUUGUAACUCAUGAACCAAGAAGAAAUUAAACAUAAGAAGAAAAAAUGAGACAAGAAUGAACAAAUGGAGAAGAAAGUAAGAAAGUAGGAAGAACAAAUGAGGGAAGAAGACAGUAAACACGAAAGCAGGUACCAAGAUUACAAGAAACUAUCACCACCUUGAUAGAUAAGAGACAAAACAUGAACACUGAAGAGAACAGGAUGGUGAAUCAUCACAAGACUAACAGAGCUGGAGAUUACCAGCAGAUUACAGGAAGAGAUAUCAAGAUGGCCAUCAUUAAAUUAGUAUACUAGGGAAGCAAAGGUCACUAGAACCGAAUGAUGUGGACAAAACAGACAGGUGGCACACCACAGGAAACUCCUCCUCCUUGUUCCUGAUUAGAAGAUGCAAUUACUGAAGUUACUUGAGAAGAUGAAUAUAGUUACUUGAAGAUGGCCCUUAUUGAAAGUACAGGAAAAUUAACUGUCUGAUCAAAGUAUGGGAAAAUAUAUAUAGUUACUUGAAAAUUAACCUUAUUGAAAGUUAUAGAAAAAUAAACCAUAGGAUCAAAGUUUUGGAAAAUAAAUCUUAUAGCAAUGGAAGCCUUGUUGGGGCAAAAGGUCACUCUAAUAUUACAUGUAUAUUAUGAGGUCCUGGAGACAGGAAUAGACUAAAGCAGACAGAGAGACAAACUAGACAGAGCUGUCAGACCAGAGAGGAUCAAGAUGGACAAGCUGCCUGUCACAGUACCAGUAAGUAGAGCCAGACAGUUGUAAUGUAGUCAGAGUAAAAUGUUGGUGUUAUAUAUUGACAGAGGGGGGAUUAGGUCUGUGUAGGAUGUGCCUUCUUAUUGAAUAUUAGUUGUGUAGGAUGUGUUUCAUCAUUGAGUGUUAAUUGUGUGACGUGAUUUGAAUUGAAAGUGUAAUGUGAAGUGUUCCGAGAUAUUUGAUGGAAUUUGCAUGAAGAGAGAGAUUAAUCCAAUUUUCUUAGCUUUCAUUGUUGUUGGAAGUUGUAUAUUAUCAUCUGAGUGUAAAUAUGUGUAAAUAUUAAACAUAUUAAACAUAUUAAAUAAGAUUUAUAAAAACUUAAAUGCAUUUCCUUGAACCCACAAAGGCCAGUCUUAGAGAUUAGGGAUGCAGCAAGAUUGUGCAACAUAGAAGCACAACACUGGUGGCAGCAGUGGGGAUAUCCAUUGCAAAUGAUUGUUGCAAAGAUAAUAUUGCACAGAUUGAUAUUGCAAAGAUAGAUAUUGUCAGGAUUGAUAUUGCAAAAAUUAGGAUCCAAUAAAUUUCAUGAUUACUUCACAUGGCUGCUUAAACUGUCUUGCUGCGAUUAAAAAGCAUCUUGAAAUAUGUUCUGUGAGUUAUAUUGCUAGUGUGAUAAGGGAAUUAUGGCAUCUUGCAAUGGUCAUCAGUUACUUGCUUCACCAGCAGCACACAAGUAAAUAGGGGGAAGUAGAAACACAUGGGGAAAUGCAUAUCAAGACAAUAAAAAUGUGUAGCAUGUCAUAGGUGUUAUCAUCAUAAAUAGUAUAAAAUUGGGAAUAUUGUUGACUUCCAGGCAGUAAUGAUACUAUAUUUGCUGGCGCAUUAGACACUUUUUUCUUGAAAAAAUUAUCUAAUGAUUACCAUAUAUCUAAUGGUUGUAGCACAGAUGCUUAGGCCUGUAGGUCUAUGCUUAUAGAUGUGGAAUUGAAGCAGUAGUACACUAUACACAGAUAUUGUUACUACUAAUAAAAAUUUUUUUUCUCUCUCUCUCUCUCUCUCUCUCUCUCUCUCUCUCUCUCUCUCUCUCUCUCUCUCUCUCUCUCUCUCUCUCUCUCUCUCUCUCUCUCUCUCUCUCUCUCUCUCUCUCUCUCUCUCUCUCUCUCUCUCUCUCCCUCCCUCCCUCCCUCCCUCCCUCCCUCCCUCCACUGGGCUGGUCAGGAGUUUUGGGAAGUGAUUUUUAGGAAUUGGCACGGCAUCACACCUUGCAUUCCAUCUAAUUUCCACAAUUGGCUCAAGACUUUAGCCUGUCACUAUUAUCAAGAUAUCCCAACAAUGAGUUGAUGUAGAGAAAAAUGCAAACUAAUAGUGAUAGUAAUAAUAAUAAUAAUAAUAAUAAUAAUAAUAAUAAUAAUAAUAAUAAUAAAAAAAGAGAGAAUUAACAGCUAAAGCUACAUGCACUUCCACUUAAUUUAAUUAAUGAUUUGUCCAAGUAACAAAUUCUUUCCAGUUGAAUUCUUUAAAAUUCUUCUAAACACCGGAAUGCUGUCCAGCCAUUGCAGCAGCAUUAUCAUAUGCUUGACCUCACCAAAUUUUCAUAUCCAGUCUAUCACUUUCUAGUUUAUCCAAAAUCAUGGUGCAAGACUUCAGUUUUAUCCUUUGUUUUGACAAGUCCAAGAAUCAGCUGUUAUUAUUCCUCAUGUUAUCUCCUUCAGUCAAGAUGUAGUUGCUCAGUUGAUCUUUGUGAGAUAUGUCUGGUGUGAUGUUGAGAAUCAUGGAAAAGUAUGUACGUAUUUAUUUUUUUAAAGGUUUUCCUUCACCUCCCCCUUAGUGGUUAUUAUUGUUCUAUGAUGCAUUAGUAAUUAUAUAAAGAGAAGAAAAAACAGUUGAUUACAUUGCAAUCCUAAUGGUAACAUUUACCCAUAUUUGAUUUGUUUUCCUUCAUAUUCAAUAUGCCAUUAGUUUUACAUGUGGUAAAGUUAUCCUUUUGUUACAGACACCAGAUUAUGUUGUAAAUGGAGAACCAGUUGGGUGGAAACUGUCACAAACACCUGAAGAAGUUAAAGAAAUCUCAGAAUUUUACCAUAUAACUAGUGGCAGUCAUGUUGGCAUAGACAACACUAAAAACAGGAAUGCUACCGAAGGACAUCAAAAAACAUAUAUCAACACGCCCAACAUGCCAGUGAUUUGAAAUUGUGAAGACACAAGCUCCUACCUUAAAACAAAUCAAGGUGUCUCAGCAUAUUCAAGUUGCGAGAAUGGUUCUAAUUGUAGGUCUAAUAUGGAUGGGUCAUCUAAGCCUCUCAUUCUGGUACUGGAUUUGAUGUGUUGCUAUAGGAACAAUUCUUGUGGACUGUAACCCUGUCUCGACACAUCCUUACGAGAGAUACCCGCCGUGGACACACCCCCACACUCACUUCCAUCUUUGGUUCCUCGAAGGCGCCCCUAGGAGGCCACUUGUCAUCCCCUCUUUGCCGGACGGGCUUGCUGAUCUUGAAGGCAGGCUGGGAUGUGACAAUCUGCGAGGAGAAGAGAAGGAUAAGUCAUGUUAAGGAGAUGCUGCUGCUGAGGGAAGACGCCUCGUGUCUGGGUGGAAGGAGAGGCGGUGGAAAGGUUCGAGCGAAGCCUUGACGCCACAGGUGCGCCGCUCGUCGUCGUCAACAGGUAAUGGUGCCGAGAGAGUCCCUGCUUCACGCACCACCGCCCUCCAAGAGGAAGAAGACGAGUCCACUACCCUUGAGAACGCCAGGAGCUCCCGGCGUGUGUUUGGUGUUCCUCUUGAAAACUGUCCGCAGAUACUCUUGAAAAUGUUGCUUAAAAGAGUAUGGCUAUGGCGGCUGCGCUCACGUUCCCAGAUCAGACCCGCCGUGCUCGUGGCCGUGUGUCUCUCAGCAUCCAUCUUCGUUUUGGACAGCUCCUUGACAGCAAAAAGCACACUUCGCGGACACCUCUCUUACCCCGAGGAGAGUCACUCCACCACGACCACAGUGUCCACACCAGCACCGCCACUCCAACACUCUCACAGUGAUGCACCCCAGGUCGUGAAUACCCGCAGUGUAAUUACUGUCUCACAAGAUCAUACUGAAGAUGAACACGACAUCCUUGACAGACAUGAAGUUAAUAUCGCGUCUAGUAAAACGACGAAAGGAACAUUCAGUGAAAGACUUCUCAUUUUCAGCAAGAAUGUUCGGAGGCACGAUGAAGACAAAGAAGCUGGUGUGAUUUUCAGCGACGACGUUCAUAUUCGGAAUGGAGUGAACAGAGAAUCAAGGAUCACUGACAGAAAGAGCGCAAAGGAAAGUCCGAGUCCAUCAUUUGGUUUUGUAAACAGGGACUUCAAGCCUCCCCCGCCACGGCAGAGGCGAGGAAACGGACUCAUGGAAGUCAUUCAGGGAUUCGUGAAGGGCGGCUCGCUGCUCAGUCCAGGGAAUCUUUUAGGAGCCGUAGCCGCUUUUAAAGCAAUUCGAAACCAUCAGACAUGAGCAAAGUAAAGAUGAAAUUCGAAAACGACUCCAAAACCUCACCAGCAGGAGUCGCACGCACUCCGGGGCAUCACCGCAGUGGCGGUAAAGAACAACAAGAGCCAGACGUGUGGGAGAGAAAUGGAGGGGAUUCUCGUAAAGGGCAAACAGAUCAAGACGAGAAAGGUCGCCAUUUUUCACCUCCACAAAAAACCAUACCAUGCAACGUUCUGAUGGAAACGGAAGGAAAGGAAAGCCGGGUGUCAUGUCCUCGUCUCGGGGUCACCGCGCAUCACCAACAGGAAGUGUCUUAGGAUCCCUUAUUAGUAAUCUUGCUCCGAUGCUCUUGUCUGGCGGACGCACCAAGAACGACAGACAAAUGGAGGGAGGUGGCGGGUGUGUCACAUUCUAACAACCUUCAGGCUUUGAUGGGUGGCUUAGGUCCUCUCUUCCUGGCUGGGUUUGGAGGCCUUGGAGGAGAAAGAAGAGGCCCUGACUCGCCAUCUAAUUCAGGUGAAGAUGAAUUCCCUACACACAAUCAUGAGUCAGGUUGGGUCAUCUCUCAUGGCGGAGGCAGCAUUGCACCCUAACUCACAGGUUCCUCUGCAAUCUCUUUUUGCCAACCUUGGACCAGCUCUCCUGUCCUUUUUUACACAGGGGAACGAUCAGAGCACCGACAUGAAGGGAACAGCGAACUCCAGCCCCGUGCAGGCCAUUCUAGGAGGGCUGCUUCCACUUCUUAAUCCGGGUGUGUCGCAACAGAGUGCUCGCGCCAAUGCCAUGGACAGAAACAGGUCACCUCAAAGCUCAAUUCAAGCCAUCGUUAAUGGAAUGGGACAGAGCAUUCUUAAAAACCAGACCGGGCUGGGUGGGCUCCUGGCCGGGAUGGCGCCUGUAUUGAUGGCAGGGGGCGGCGAAGCGAGGAUCGAGGACGCUACAGGAGGCGGAGGUGGAUGAUGAACCCGGAUCUGACUACAAUAGCGUGGCCUCAUCUAAUGGUCGUGAGCGCUUGCAGACUGAAGGCGGAGGGUGGGAUGCGAGCCACGCGGCAGUGAGGCUGCUGAUGCGGGCGGCGGCGUCGUCACUACUGCCAGAGGAACUACCGGUACCGGAAAUUAACUCCACGAGAAGUCUGUGGGACAUGGCCGUCAAUUUGGCUUUUGGGAAUCCACGAGACAAACAGGAGAGAAACAGCAAGUUUUGGCAGUGGGUCAAGGCGUACAUGGGCGACGAAUCACGAGGGAGCAGCGGGAUCACCGAGGACUUCACCCCAGCCUGGAUCACUGCGGCCCUCGCAGCUAACGCAGCGCAGCGCGAGGCAAGCGCCCGCACCCUCACCAAGAUGUAUCAGCGUUUGGAGGAUCCACAGUCUCUUUGCCAGCACGUCCGCUCCGUGGGAGGACUCUUUAGUUGGAGGACGGGGGUGUUGUUGAACGCGAGGGACGUGUGCAUGGACGCCGACGUGGCCCCGAGGAGCAAGGACUGCGUGGUGUACUCCUUCGGCGUCAGGGAUAAAUGGAACUUCGAAGAAGACAUGGAGGACAUUGGCUGUGAGGUGUGGGCGUUUGACCCAACCAUGACCACAGGUAAUCACAACCACUCGUCUGGCAUUCACUUCUACAACCUGGGUCUGGCUUCGUCCGCCGCCCCCACCACCGCCACCAAGGAGGGACAGUCACAGCGAUGGUACCUGUUCUCUCUGGCCGAGGUGAUGGAGAGACUGGGUCACAGCACCUCCACUAUUGACUACCUCAAGAUGGACAUUGGUGGCAGCGAGUGGCAAGUGCUACACGACACGGCCAUACGCAGUCGCCACGCCCUCACCAACCUGAGACAGCUUGGGGUGGAGGUCCACUUGGAAGCCGCGCUAAGAGACCCCACCCUCUAUAAUCUUUACCUGGACGUUCUGGAGGGACUGGAAAGCCUCGGUUUUCAACUAUUUUCGUCCCGCGCGACUCAGAGGCGCGGUUGGACUUACCACGACCCGCUGCUGGGCCGGCGGGUGAGCCUCCACUACGACCUGGUCUUCCUGAGAGUGUAGC